AUGGGGAGCUCGCCCGUCCCCUUCUUCCCCACCACCAUGGUUCCCCCUCCCCCGUGUGGUUGCGGAGCGCCGCUGUACGCCCCCUGCAGCUUUUCCCCCGCCGCCACCUACCCACCUACUCCUUUCCCCGGCGGCUACUACCCAUCCCCUUUCCCCUUCUAUGGCGUCCCAUCUGCUUUCCCGUACGCCGCCAGCUACCCACACCCGCACCCACCUCUCGCCACCUCGUAUACGGCCGCUACAGACUCCUCUCCCGCCUCGGCGUACGACCUCUCUACCCUUCCCUCCACGGCCAACUCCUACCCCACUGCGUUCAGUUCGUUCCCCUCUGUAUCAUCUUACCAGAACCACCAGGCCACGAUCCCUAACCAAAUCGGCCUAAAGGAGCAGCCUGAGGCAACAUCGCUGCCCACCCCAGCGAUGCCUGAAUCAACAGCGUGGCUGCUGUCCAGGACUGGCGCGUAG